CAUUGCUGAUUAACCAUGAUGCUGCGUCUAACGACUUUCCUGCUGAUCUGCGCUGCCGUUGCGCUGGCCCAGAACGAUGGUCGCUAUCGUCCUGAUCCGGCUGCGUUGCCCAUUCUGAGGGCUCGUCCUGCUGCGAACGCCGGUCGCUAUUCGGGUGGCAAUGAUGGACGCUAUGUGCCAGGUGGCAACGAUGGACGCUACAGUGGCAACGAUGGACGAUAUGUGCAUCAGGACAACAAGUACCAGCACGAUAAUCGUCCUGGCGGCGACUACACGGGCACCAACGAUCCCUAUAAGGGUGACAAGAACAAGUUCGGUGGUGCUGGACGUGGUGGCGGUGGUGGUGGCGCCAGCGGUGGUGCCAGCGGUGGUGCCAGCGGUGGUGCCAGCGGUGGUGCAACCACUGCUGUGAAGCCACGACCGACUGUGCCACGCGUUGCUCCCGUUGUGGUUGAUCAGCGUCCAAAUUUGCCACAAGGAACAGGUACAGGCAUCGGCAAAGGUGGAUUCACUAUUCUGCGCCAGGAAGGAGCAGUUCAACCAGAUGGCUACAACUAUCUCUACGAGACCGAGAAUGGCAUUCUGGGUGAGGAGAGUGGACGCAUUGAGAAGCAGACCGAAGGAGAUGCUAUCCGCACCACGGGCUUCUAUCAUUACACCGGAGAUGAUGGUCUACUCUAUCGCGUGGACUAUGUGGCUGAUGAAAAUGGAUUUGUGCCCGUUGGUGAGCACAUUCCCAAGGUGCCCGCUCAUAUUCCCAAGCUGCUGGAAUAUUUGAAGUCGCAGGGAGCAUUAUAGAGUUUAUAUUAACAUGUUUGUUAUUGCAUUUAUCUGAAAAUAAAAGAUCUGUACAAAAAGU